CUUCCUGACACUGAAGUUUACCCCUCCCCCACCAUAACAAACAAAUACCGAGUUCAGAGUCGAGACACCUGCGCCCCAUCCCGCAAAGCACAACUUCUCCCCUCGUGCGACUCACGCCAAAGCUGUGCGAUUGCAAGUAUCCCGGCGACUACGCCUGCAUAUUGCUUCUACUGUCUUGACAAUGGCUCCGUCGACCAAGAUCUUCUCCCUCGAGGGGAGGGGUCUGAAACUGGACACGGCUGAGGACCUCGAGACUCACAUUGCCGACCUCCGCGCCAUGGACGAUGUUGAGGAGGUGCACCUGCUGGGCAACACGCUGGGCGUUGGCGCUUGCAAGUUACUCGGCGAAGUGCUUGCGACCAAGAAAACGUUGCGGGUUGCCAAUCUCGCCGACAUCUUCACCGGCCGCCUACUCAGCGAAAUUCCUGCCGCGCUGUCUUCGCUCCUGACCUCGAUCCUGAACCUCCCGAACCUCAAUACCAUCAACCUCAACGACAACGCCUUCGGUCUCAACACGCAGGCGCCGCUGGUCGCCUUCCUCUCGGCGCACGUGCCGCUCCAGCACCUGUACCUCAACAACAACGGCCUGGGCCCGCACGCGGGCAUCCUAAUCGCCGACGCGCUCUCGGAGCUGCACGCCAGGAAGGAGGAGGCGCGCAAGCAGGGGCAGGUGGUGCCGGACCUGGAGACGGUCAUCUGCGGGCGCAACCGGCUCGAGAACGGCAGCAUGACGGCGUGGGCCAAGGCGUUCCGGCUGCACAACCGGGUGCGGGAGGUCAAGAUGGUGCAGAACGGCAUCCGCCAGGAGGGCAUCUCGCACCUGCUGAGCGAGGGCCUGCGCCACGCGUCGCGGCUCGAGGUGCUGGACCUGCAGGACAACACGUUCACGCUGCUGGGCGCCAGGGCGCUGGCCGCCGUCGCGCCCGGCUGGGCCGACCUCGUCGAGCUGGGCGUCAGCGACUCGCUGCUGGGCGCCAAGGGCGGCGUGCUGCUGGCCAAGGCGCUGGGCAAGGGGAAGAACAAGAAGCUGCAGAUCCUACGGCUGCAGUACAACGAGAUCACCGCCCAGGGCGUCAAGGCGCUGGCCGAGGCGGCAGCAGAGGCGCUGCCCGUUCUGCGGAAGCUGGAGCUGAACGGUAACAAGUUCACCGAGGAGGACGACUCCAUCAUCGCUCUGCAGGACCUCUUCGAGGCGCGCAAGGAGAAGCAGGCCGGCGACGUCGUGGUCGAGGACGACUGGGGCCUCGACAGCCUGAGCGACCUGGAGGAGGAAUCGGAGGCUGAAGAGGAGGAGGAGGAAGAAGAAGAAGAAGGGGAGCCGGACACUGAAGAGCUGGCCGAGAAGCUUAUCAAGGAGGCCGAGGAGGCGCAGGAGGAGCCGGUUAUCCAGGUGAAGGACAAGGAGGUUGAUGCGCUUGCAGAGAAGCUGGGGAAGGCGGCGAUCUAAGGAAGGUUGCCGCUAGAGAGAGGACACACAUCCGGACGGAGGCAGACGAUACCCAACACGACUGGUAGAUGGGAGUUUUGGGGCGGUUAUAGAGCAGGU